UGACUCACAUUGAUCGCCAUGACUUGGUGUGACGGCCCUGCACUGUACAACUAGUAAAGUGACCAUCUACUGGAGACAUCGAGAGUAUUCUCUCCCUUCAAGAUGUGCUGUAUAUAAGAAGGAUCGUAGGAACAGAUCUGCGCGAUAUCAUCAUAACCACACGAACCAGCACAAUGAGCACAACGAGCACCGCGCAUGUCCUUCAGUGUCGCCAUACCGAUGAUCUUACUCCACUCUUAACAGAACUUGAGGAUCGAGCCGACUGCGUUUUGACAAGGCUAUACCUGCUCUGGCAGCUAGACGAGGAGUUUGCAGAAAUCGAGAAAAGCCUGGAGCAGCAAGAUUACAUCAAUCUCAUCCGUUCCAUAACCGGGAAGAUGGAGGCAGACCUGGAAGUCAUUCAACAAAAGAACGAGUUACUAAACAAUGGCCAAUUAUCCGACUGGAUCGAUAACGGUACAGAUGAGGCAGAGAAGUCAAGGAAACAAGAGCAUGUUAUGAGACUGAUGAAGAAGAUGGACGGGUUGCAGAAACAAAUGGCGGAAGCGAAGAGAGGAUAUCUCGGCUAGAGGGCAGUGGCGGAAGCCCAAAUGUUAUGAUGCUGUGAACGCCAAAAGAGACUGGAGCCUGUUGAGA